UACUGGGCAAGCCACUCAAUCAAUCUUUUCAAGAUGCGUUGUGCACAUAUGUGCUUCACAAUUGUAUCUAUCCUAAUCUUCACCACGUUAGUCUUUGCGGCUGAUAAAGACAAAGAAAAAUUGCAGAAAGCCUUGCAAAAAGCGUCAAAGAAGAAUGAAGAGCAUGCAGCUGAUCAAAAGAAGUGGGAAAACAGACAAGAAAAGAGUCAUUUUCCUCCAAAACGCUUUAUUGCUAGAAAGAUGGCAGAAAUGCACAACAAUAAAAGAGUUGAACAUGCAAUGAAGUACUUUAAAGCUGAUGGUGCAAUCAAAGACAUCGAGCAACAAUCUUCAAGUUCUCACAACGUCGCUCAUAAUCAUCAAGCAUAGUUCUUGUAC